AUGGGAAAACAACAUGAUGAACGACUUAGCUCCAGAGAUGAACAGAAGGAAGCGAGCGGCAUGGGAAGCUUUCAAGAGCAUCGAGGAUGCAGUGAAGAGAACAAGGAACACCGAACUAUGUGCCCGCCUUUUCGACUUGCCGAUUCUUUCUUCCUAACAUAUGCAUUAGAAACCUGGCCGUUGCGUAUGCAAGAUGAAGAAUUACUCAGCGUUAUUGAAAAUUCAGUCAAAGAGACGACGCUUAGAGCAGCUUGUAUCACGUAA